GAUGGUCUGGGUAACGGGGGCUAUAAUUUUACGACAUACUAUUAGACUUUGCGACUUUUGUUUUAUGAUGUAAACAAAUAAGUCGUAAAAUUACAAAUGGCUUCUGAAAGGCUUUGUUCAUUCAUCUAGAUUGAUACAAAAUAAAUAAUUUUAAACAAAAAAUACAAAAGCUAGCUAACGUUUAGACAUGGGAAAUAAAGUCACAACAUUUACUGAUGAUCAAUUGGAGGCAUAUCAGGAUUGUACCUUCUUCACACGUAAAGAAAUCCUCAGAGUGUUUAAAAGAUAUCAGGAGUUGGCACCAGAUCUGAUUCCUUUUAAUAUGACAGGUGAUGAAAGUCGUAAAAUCAAAAUGCCAGUUGAUGUGAUAGAAGGCAUGGCAGAAUUAUAUGAGAAUCCAUUUAAGACUCGAGUCUGUGAAGUAUUUUCUGAAGAUGGAAGUGGUAACAUGUCUUUUGAUGAUUUUCUGGACAUGUUUUCUGUGUUUAGUGAAGCUGCUCCAAGAGAUAUUAAAACUGCCUAUGGCUUCAGAAUAUACGAUUUUGAUGGUGAUAAUUAUUUAAGUAGACCUGAUCUAGAGAAAACUUUAACAAGUUUAACUCAGGAUGAAUUAACUGCUGAAGAAGUCGCAUUUGUUGUUGAUAAGGUUUUAGAAGAAGCAGAUUUAGAUGAUGAUGGUAUGCUGUCUUACAUUGAAUUUGAACAUGUCAUAUCUAGAGCUCCUGAUUUUCUGAAUACAUUCCAUAUUCGAAUUUAGAAAUCCUUUCAGCUGUGUUUAUUACAGAACUGUCCAUAGCUACCCUCACGUUAAACUGAAAAUUAUAUUAAAUUUUUUAAAAUGAGUUUUGGAGGAUUCUGCAAAUAUUUUUUUUUAUGUAUAUAAGAAUUCCAGAUUAGUAUUAAAUGGAUACUGUAACGAAAUAUCAAUAUAUUAAUACAAAUAUAAUGACUUUUUUCGUCUCAUUUUGAACCAAUUUAUUUGUAAUUAUUGUCAUAUCUGUAGUCAACUUUUAUUUUUAAAAUAUUAAAUUGGAAACCAUAUUAAGGUUCUACUUUUCUGCACCAACCAGGCUAAUGAAGACAGGACCGGUACAUAAGGAUCAGAUAAUUGAUAUGUUCUUGUUUAAAUCUAGUCUAUUGUUUAAUUUAUAAUUAUGUAACAUUAUUAAUCUACUGUGUUGUUUUAUCAUAAAUAAAUCUUAUGUGAAUGUCUUAAUAAAAAGAUAAUCCUUUAUAAUAUUAUAUCAGUCUUAUUAAAAUACAGAUUUUGCUGUAGGAUUUUAGUUCUCUUUCUUCUCAACUUUAUUAUACAUCCACAUUGUUGUCGGUCUGGCGUCCACAAGCAAUUGUGGACGCUCUAGAGGCUAUGUUAAUAUCCGAUUGACUUCAAAUUUAUACACAGUGUUUAAAGGGGAAGACCAACUAUUUUCAACAAGGUUUCCAUAAAUCUUAGAUAUAUAUUGAUAAAUAACCCUCUCUAUAACACAAGCAAAAAAGUUUUUAUAAGCAUAUAGUAAGAAUACAGAUUUGGCAUAAGUUUGCUGCCGUAUUUUGUUCACUCAUUGUCGUUUGGAUGAGAAUCCGACCAAUGGUACCCUUUAUUUGAAUAUUAUAAAUAUGGAAUUAUGUUUUUUUUUAACGUUUAAUUUAUAAAUCCUUGUGGACCAAUUCACGUCAUAGGGCUAAUUGUUUACAUCACAUGGUUUGUUUGACACCCAGAAAGUUAGAAAUAUUUCGUUUGCUUGAAUGUUUUUUAUUUCAACGGCACAUAUAUAUAUUCAAAUAAAUAUAUAAAUUUCCAAAGUAUGUCAACGUCAGACACCAAUUUAUUGGAAUAUAAGAUAUCUCUUCUAUGGGUCUACAUUAAUGCCGUAUACACAUUCGAGCACAGCCAUUCUUAAGAGGAAAUGAAAGAAUAAAAAGGAAAAGUCGUUCACCUUGACAUUAUGUGCCGUAAUACACUAUAUUAUAUGUCAGGGGGGUUGGGUGGCUGAAUGGUUAGCACGUGCGCGCUGUACCAUAAAGUCUGUCAUUGAGUCAACUGGCGUGGUUUCGAAUCCCCGGUUGUACGUGGCAAGGAGGAGGGUCGCCUGUCCAACCUCGUGGGUUUUCUCCGGGUCCUCCGGUUUCCUCCCACUGCUAAAGACCCCUACGCGCAAGCGAAUUAUUGAAGUAAAAUUAAACCAUGUGUUAGUCCCGAAAUGACCUAGUUUGUGUCAAGUGGACGUUAAACCCCAGUUUAAAUAAAAAUUAAUUUCUCGCUUACAAAAACAUUUUUGCUUGUUUUACAGAGAUGAUAUAUGAAUAUAUAUUUAAGAUUUAUGGAAACCAUGUUGAAAAUUGUUGGUCUUCCCCUUUAAGGUCAUGGGACGAAGAAGCCUAUUGAUUUUCGGUGAUUUCUGAUAAUUACUUCCGGAUGUUCUAGAGGUUUAAGUGAAUAUCUGAUUGACUUUAAAUUUAUACACAGUGUUUAAGGUCAUGAGACGAAGAAUCCCAUUGAUUAUCAAUGAUUUCCAAUAAUUACUGCCAGGGUUAUGGCCCUUGGUCACUUAGAAAAAUAUUGUGACACUCUACUAAGAGGCUAAAGUUAAUAUCUGAUUGACUUUAAAUUUAUACACAGUGUUUGAGGUUAUGUAACGAAGAAGCCUAUUGAUUUUUGAUAAUUACUGCCAGAGUUGUGGCCCUUGAUUACUUGAGAAGUCUUGAGGAAGCGCUAGGUGACUAAAGUUAAUAUAAAUUUAUACACAGUGUUUAAGAUCAUGAGACAAAUUCUAAUGAUUUCUGAUAAUUAUUUAAUUGCUCGUUAUCAGAUUUAGUGCCCGGACGACUUGACUACUCUGGGCGUUUGUUUCAUUGCCUGGCAACCUAUCUUCUUUAUCUGGCAACAUUUUUUAGUGGUUUGUGUCUGUACUAUUCCUUACCAAUUAAAUAUACUAUAUGAGGAUACAUUUAUCAGGUGUAAACUGGAAUGAUUAUAUCAAAUCCCUUUGUAAUGUCAUGAUAUUACACAGAAGUUGUACAGUAUAGGUAAUAAAGUUCUGUUGAUUUUUGGGUUGUCAUAAUAAGGGGAACACAUUUUAUGAAUAUGUCCAUUGUGUUUCCUAUUAAAGCUACACCUUAAGGCAUUAUAUACUUCAUUCGGGUUUUUUUUUAUGCAUCUAAGUUUUUUAUUCUAGCUUAAAUAUUUUUUGCAAUAUGUGAAAUUUAUCUAUAAUUAUUUUUAUCAAAAUCGAUACAACCUUUCUUGAGAAAUAAUGAGGUCACAAUGUAAUAAGGUAUAUAUAAUACCUGUAACUUGCUUAUUGUCUGUACUAUUCUAAUAUAGCCAGAUCGAGACUAUUUGUGGCAAGUAAAUAUUGUUAGAUCAGUAUUUUAGUGAUAAUGUUAAUUUAAUGAUUCUUUUAUUCUUAUGUUUAUUUUGGUUUGUUUGUUAUAUAAUCUAUUUUCAUAAAUCCCUGUACAUAAUUUUUGUUAUAAGUUAUUGCUAAUAAUUUAUUAUUUUUCUUUGUUAUUUGUUACUAUGGCUUACCUCUUCUUAUAAUAACUAUAAAUCAGCUGAAAAAAAUAUAAUUGUUUGCUUUGUUGAAAAUAAAAAAUCAACCCCAAAACAACAGAAAAGAAAAACAGGCAUAUCAUAGUAUAGCAUUGUGAUUUUGUCAGUCAGUAUUCAGGUCUAAGCUUUGAGGGUAAUGUGUUUCAGAUGUUCACAGAUUGUUUGUUACAAACGUAGCAGAGAGGUGCACCUAUUUUGAUAAUUUUUUAUAAUGUUGUGGUAUAUUUUCUUCGACUCUGUAGGUCCAUAAUUGCUGUGCAAACUCUACAGACUAUAUUUAUAUCAUUUUGAAAUUUAUAUUAUUAUGUUGUUUACAUUGGUGAGACAAAGAAGCCUAUUUUAUUGCAACAAUUUCCGUUAAUUACUGUUAGUGUUAUGGCCCUUGUUCCACUUUGUUGAACCUUGUGAAUGCUCUAAUCACAAAAGUCAUCAAUCAAUUUGUAUUAAAUUAGUACACAGAAGAUGCCAAUCGCAUUUCAACAAUUCCGUGUGGAGAGUCUAAUGGCAAAAGUUAUCAUCCGAUCGCAUGAAAUUUAUAUGCAAUGUUUAGAAUAAUAAAAGAAUCAUAUUGAG